CGGCGAAGGCGGCUCCGUAAAAAGCGAAGCGCGCCCGGCUCGGCUCGACUCAGCAUCGGGAUGGGGCCGCUCCUGCCGCUGUUGCUGGGGCUCCUCUCGGCCGUGGCGCCGCUGCGCGCCGUGCAAAUCGACCGGAGCCGCUUGCAGUGGUUGGCCCGCGGGAAGGUGGAGAGCUGCGGAGGAUGACGUUUGAACCGCCUGCCAGAGGUAAAGGCCUUUAUCAACGAAGACCUGCCCUUGUACCACAACAUGGACCUGAAAUACCUGGCUGGAGCGGACCCUGAACUGAUCCUACUCAACAUUCAAUUCGAAGAGCUCCAGAGAAUCCCCUUGAGUGACAUGUCCCGGGAUGAGAUCAACCAACUGUUACAAGAAUUGGGAUUCUACCGGAAAGAAAAACCGGAGUCUCCUGUUCCCGAGGCCUUCCAGAUGGCGCCCGCCAAUUCCCUGCCACCGGAUGUGGAAGCCAUGAAGAAGAGGAAGAAGAAGAAGGGGGCUGGGGGCUCAGACCUAUAGAAUCCGAUGUGCUCGGUUGGUGUUUUGUGAGGGGCGCCUCUUGGAAGGGAGGAGACCUCGCUCGGGGCCUUCAAAGUAUCUAG